AUGGAAAAAACGGACGAAAAAGGGAGCGAAUCGUCUUCCUCGCAUGCACUGCUCAUGACCCCAGCGGCGCCACUUGGUGCAGAGAUGGACACCACCUUGCCCCCAUUCUGGACCCUUCAAUUCCUAUCCUCCUCCUCCCCUCCACGUGUCCCCCCCGGUCCCUCCGUCUCCGAUAUUUUCCUCGCCGCCCCCCUUCCCUUAUAUACUCCCCCACCCUCGCCGCCCCCCUUCGCUCUCAUCCUCUCCCCCACCUGCGAAAAACCCUCGACAUACCCCCCGGCCGCCCCGCCUCCCACCACCGCAGCCGCCGCCGCUCGCGAGCUCUCCCCAAUGGCCGCCACCAUCGCCUCCUCCCUCUCCUCCAAGCCCAAGCUCUCCUCCCCCUCCUUCCAUGGCGCCCCUCUCGCCCCCGCCGCCGCCCAGUCCCUCCGCCUCCCGGCCCCCAGGUCGUCGUCCGCCCCCCACUCCGGCGUCUCCAUGUCCGCCGCCGCCUCCUCCCCGCCCCCGCCGCCGCCCUACGACCUGAAAGCCUUCCGGUUCGACCCCAUCAAGGAGUCCAUCGUCUCCCGCGAGAUGACCCGCCGCUACAUGAUGGACAUGAUCACCUACGCCGACACCGACGUCGUCGUCGUCGGUGCCGGCUCGGCGGGGCUCUCCUGCGCCUACGAGCUCAGCAAGAACCCCGACGUCCAGGUCGCCAUCAUCGAGCAGUCCGUCAGCCCCGGCGGCGGUGCUUGGCUCGGCGGCCAGCUCUUCUCCGCCAUGGUGGUGCGGAAACCGGCGCACCGCUUCCUGGACGAGCUCGAGAUCGAGUACGACGAGCAGGACAACUACGUGGUGAUCAAGCACGCCGCGCUCUUCACGUCGACCAUCAUGAGCAAGCUCCUGGCCAGGCCCAACGUGAAGCUCUUCAACGCCGUGGCCGCCGAGGACCUGAUCGUCAAGAACAACCGGGUCGGCGGCGUGGUCACCAACUGGGCCCUCGUGUCCAUGAACCACGACACCCAGUCGUGCAUGGACCCCAACGUCAUGGAGGCCAAGGUGGUGGUGAGCUCGUGCGGCCACGACGGGCCGUUCGGGGCCACCGGGGUGAAGAGGCUGAAGAGCAUCGGGAUGAUCGACACCGUGCCGGGGAUGAAGGCCCUCGACAUGAACACCGCCGAGGACGCCAUCGUGGGGCUCACCAGGGAGGUCGUGCCCGGGAUGAUCGUGACCGGGAUGGAGGUGGCCGAGAUCGAUGGUGCUCCCAGAAUGGGACCAACCUUCGGAGCGAUGAUGAUAUCGGGCCAAAAGGCGGCUCACCUCGCGUUGAAGUCCCUGGGAUUGCCGAACGCGCUGGACGGAUCCUACGCCGGGAGCAUCCACCCGGAGCUCAUCCUCGCCGCCGCCGACUCCGCGGAGAUCGUGGACGCCUGAAAUUGGCUUUAUCGAGAUCUCCGUCUUAAGUAGAGUCUGACAAAAAAAAAAAGAGGUGCUUUUGGUGAGAUGAAUGAGGGGGGUUGGGCUUAUGGCUUGUGAUCGAUGGUGGACUAGUUUGGGGUUGUUUGUUUAAUAAGGUUGGAUGUUUCAGGUCUCUCUCUUUCUGUCUCUCUCGCUUUGCGUUUUCUGCUACUUUUGCUUCCAUCAAGAACCCUUUUGCCUCCUUGAAUUUGGAUGAGUAGAGUUGAGUUUCAGAGUCGAUUUGCUUGUGUCGAUGAGCUUCGAUAUUGUUCAUGCCGUCUCUGAGAUGCUUUCCGGAUAAUCUUGGAGAAUUCACUAAAAAUAUCUAUCCCCACAUCUUGGAUUUUUCUC